AUGCCGAGGACCGGAUUCGACCCCUAUUUAUCAGCCCAGCUUCACAACCAGAUCCUUGAACGUGCAUGGAUUGGAGCCGGACGAGAUGUCGCUUCCGUUCCGUCCAAGACCUGGUGGGAAGAGUCGUCCCCAAUUCCGUUCGAUCUCGCAUCUCGCCUAAACCCGAACUUAAUCAGAUUCCUGCGGUCGGCAAGAGCUAUUAUUUUCGACGCUUCAUCAGAUUUUCAUCUUUUCUAUUACCUAAUAGCGCUCCAUGGGAAACCUGAACUCUUCCAAGACUCUUCUCUCCGAUUGUGGGGUGAUCGUUUUGUGUGGCUGUAUCCUUCGACACGAACGAAGAGUGAUGAAGAAGUCGGUAUAUUAUUUGAUCAAGAAACCGAGCUAGCUUCCUUCGUCCCAGACUGGAUCGAUAUGGUCUUCUUUGAUAUGAGACGGUGGGCAUGGCGCCCAUUACAACAUAUUCUGCAAGCCUAUCUAGACAUCAUCGAUGAGGGCAAAAUAUCAACAUAUUCUGAUCGUCGAAAGGAAAAGUUGGACGACAUGUUCGGAGUUUUCCCAUGGGAGAUUCACCAACAUACCCCAAUGGAUAUUGAGAGGGCUGUCAGUGCCUUUACCCGUCUUCUUGAUGCUAUCGAGACUCGACUUCCUUCAAGUUCGAGCCAUGAACAAGGCCUCGAAAAUCCAAGCUUUGAAGAAAUAGCUCUACCAUAUUCCGAAUCAGUAAUUGACGCCUCGUUCACAAAACUGGAUUCCUUUACUGGGAGCUUUCUGUCGGCUCUUCCCGGCCGCCAACUCAGGUUUCGCUAUAUUGCCCCUGGCAUCCGACUCCAAAAUUCGGACGAAUUUAUAAAUCAGCCAUUUGCUGAACGCCGAAAUAACCACCCGUUUCCAGAACGUUUAAGGGCUGGUCAGGCGACAUCCUGUUUCCCUCUACUUUUGUUUCGAGGGGAUCAGGAGAACAAGUCACCUUGGAGUCGGCCCUGGUUUCCCGACGGAAAUGCCUCGAACAUCCCCACUGGUUUCUACAUUGAACCAGUCCACGAAACCUACAACUGGUCAUCUGGCAACAAGACUCGACUCCUGCUACCGUUCAACAUUGGCAGCAAUGGGUUUGCUCGAAGUAGCAAUGGUGUCCCAUUCUUUCCGUACAGCUGGCCUGAUCAACUAUAUCAUUCGGAUUUAUUUAGUGGUUAUAGUGGAUAUUUACCUUGGGAUUCACGUAGCUCAUACCUACACAAAGUGUUGGAAAAGUGGGCUGAACGAGUGGAAAUGGGUGAUUGGCUGGUGGGAAAAGACGGUGUUGUUGGUGGUAUUGAGAAGUUCAAAGAGGCCGAUACUGAAGGACACUGGAGGGAAUAUGUUAUUCCAUGGUGA